AUCUGUGCUUAACGCACCUCAUCUCACACGCUAAUCACAAUCCAUAUAUAUAUAUAUAUAUCCCUAACGGACAGAGUCCUACAACAACAACAACAACACCACAACAACAACAACAAAACAAAACACACAAGAAUUAUGAAGAGUUUUCUGCUUCUUUGCUUUGUGGCUUUGGCGGUGGCCGAUGUCAAACAUUUGACAGAUCGUAAUCUGGAUCUAUUUAAAUAUAAUCCCAGCGAUAUUUAUACACUGCCCGAGGAUAUUGAUGAUGAUAAACCGGCUGUGCAUUAUAGCGGCGAUGUGAUGAAGGCCAAAACCGAGAAAUUCCAAAACUUUAAUGCUGGCAAGAAAUUUAAAUUGGAAUUGAAGACCCAAAACGGUAUUGAGGUCAGCAGUGUGGGCAAACUGAAGGACGAUAAGACAUUUGUGGUGAGCGGCUCAUACUCUUUCACUGGAGCCGAUGGCAAACGCUACAAGACCCGCUAUACAGCCGAUGAGUUUGGCUACCAUCCCAUUACCGAACUCGAUCUGGAUAUUCCCGAACCUCAACCCUUGGCUGCCGCUGGACAAAAACCCGCUGUCGAUGCUAGCAGUCUAUUGGGCAACAAGAAUCGCUUCCAGUUCCUCAAUCAGAAUUUGAAUCCCGAACAGGCUGGACCACUCCGUGGCAGUGGACAGAGCGGUGACGAUUACAGCUAUGUGCCCGAACAGGGUGGUGCCCAUGGCAAUUUGUUUGGAGCACCCUAUGGUGGCGGUGCCGCCACUUUUGGUGCCCAGAGCGAUUACUACGGCUCGGUUGGCUCUGGUAAUCCAUUUGGUCCCGGCAGCAGUGCCUACGGCUCGGCUGGCAAUGGCAAUGGCUAUGAUUAUCAGCCACCUCAGGUGCCUUUGAUUACUCCGUCACGUGAAUACCUGCCCGUGGCUUAAGAGUACUUUACAACAAAUCCACUCCCAAUUUACCUCCAACCCCCGC